AAAGCGAGUGGCAUAUAACGGGAAAUGCAGUUGAGUCAUGAUGUGUGAGUCACGUAGUUUUUAGCGAUAGGGAGCAGUGAUCUUAAAUCGGCCCGUUUUUUAAACGGGGUUCGUCACUUGGGAGGAGAACGCGUCUCAUCUUUCCCACAGGAGGCUCUGCUGCUUUCCCAGCCCCUUUGUUCAGAGACGCCGGUGGGUUGAGUCACAGACAGAGGGAGGCUGUGCUUAAUAACUAAACUAACCCACUCCACCACGUCCUCUGUGGGAGACAAGAGGCCGGAGGAGACGCGUCCAAAACGCCGGUUCAUGCUUUUUUUUUAAAUCAGCGACAGGAAAGUUGCUUUGAAGUGUUGCUGAUGCUGCGUUCCCUGCGCGUGGAAGCUUCCGGAGCGUGAGCUCCAGUUAUCGGCCACUGAUGGUGGAUGCAUGUCGGUGAUUUUUGAGCCCCCCCAAGAAAAACCGAGGCAGUGAGGCAGCCACCGCCUGUUUGUGUCAGUGAUUCAGUGAUUGUGUGAGUCUGUGCUGCAGCUGCUGACUCCGUGCAGUUGUUUCCAUCCUCCUUUUCAACAUCUCAGCAUCCAUAUUUGCAUCCCAGGGAGUGGCUGCCACUAAAAAAAAAAAAAAAAGCCUUCCCCAUCCAGGGAGACAAAUACAAAGUUGGACUCCUUAUUUAAAUUCAACACAUGCAGCCAAACAUGGACAGUACCGGCCUCCUCUCCCUCGUCUAGUGCCUGAUCCGCGAGGCUUCAUCUCUCAGGUCCAGGUGCGACUCCCUGCCGCCGUAGAAUGAACAUGCUCAAGUCCAGUGGACUGAAAAUCCCUGGCCGCGGGCCCAAACAUUCCAGCCCAAUGGGAAGGGGCUCCGCGGGUGGAACGUCCAGCCCCGUCGUCCCUAAAGAGAACAAUCCACUGAAGCUGACGCCGCCGCCUAAAGUCUCCGAAGAGGGCGAUGAGGUUUUGGGGGACUACACGGUCGGCGAACAAGUCUGGGUCAACGGAGUCAAACUGGGAGUUAUCUCCUACCUGGGGGAGACCCAGUUCGCCCCGGGACAGUGGGCAGGCGUGAUUCUCAACGACCUAGUUGGCAAGAAUGACGGCUCAGUGGGCGGCGUGCGCUACUUCGAGUGCCAGCCCCUGCAGGGCAUCUUCACACGGCCCUCGAAGCUCACGCGCCAGCCGGUGGGCGAGGGCAGUGACAGCCAUUCUACGGACUCGCUCUCGGCCCAGAAUCAGACUCAGCAGGGCGGCACUGGCGCCCCUUCUGGCCAGAGGGUGGUGGUGACGCUCAGAGAGGGCCUGCUCAACAGCGCGGUGAAAACGGGCAACGAGUCUGGGUCCAACAUGUCGGACAGCGGCUCUGUCAAGAAAGGUGGAGAUAAGGAUCUUCGAGUCGGCGAUCGAGUUCUGGUCGGAGGCUCAAAGAUGGGCGUCAUCCGCUACAUGGGCGAGACGGACUUUGCCAAAGGCGAAUGGUGUGGAGUGGAGCUGGACGAGCCUCUGGGGAAGAACGACGGAGCAGUGGCUGGAACAAGAUAUUUCCAGUGUCUUCAAAAAUUCGGCCUCUUCGCUCCGAUCCACAAGGUGAUCCGCAUCGGCUUCCCGUCCACCAGCCCAGCCAAGGCCAAGAAGAGCAAGCGCAUGGCCAUGGGCGUGUCGUCUCUGGCCCACAGCCCCAGCAGCUCCUCCAUCAGUUCAGUCAGCUCGGUGGCGUCCUCUGUUGGCGGACGGCCGAGCCGAGCUGGACUGCUGACGGAGACGUCGUCGCGUUAUGCCCGGAAGAUCUCCGGCACCACGGCGCUGCAGGAGGCGCUGAAGGAGAAGCAGCAGCACAUCGAGCAGCUGCUGGCCGAGAGGGACCUGGAGCGCGCCGAGGUGGCCAAGGCCAACAGCCACAUCUGCGAGGUGGAGAAGGAGAUGAGCGUCCUCAAGACGCAGCACGUCCAGUAUGUGACAGAGAAUGAGAGCACACUCCAGCAAGUCAAAGCCAUGUUGGCCAGCACACAGAAAGACAAGCUGGAACUGGCCAAUCAGCUCGAAGAAGAGAAACGAAAAGUGGAGGAUCUGCAGUUCAGAGUGGAGGAGGAGUGCAUCACUAAGGGAGACCUGGAGACACAGACGAAAAUGGAACAUGCCCAUAUUCGUCAGCUUGAGCGGAACCUGCUCCUCGAAAAGUCGAGAGCAGAGGUGCUUCAGAAAGACUUAGAGAGGAGGAGGCAAACCACGGUGGAGGAGCAGAGUCGCAUCAUGCAGCUGGAGGAGGAGCUGACCCUCAGAAGAGCCGAGGUCAAGAACCUCCAGGCCCAACUCGGAGGCGGCGAUGCCGGCUCGCUGAAGGCCGGCGACAACGCCGGCUCCGACAUUCAGCCGGAGACGCUGCUCCUGCGCGAGCAGCUGCUGUCGGCGGGCCGCGUGCACUUCAGGGAGAGCAGCGAGUUAAAGGAGAAGUACGAGACGGCCUUGGCAGCGAGCCGGCAGGAGGUCGACUCUCUGAAGGCCGUGGUGGAGAAACAGAACCAGGAGAUCAGUGAGCUGAAGCAGAAGGUCCAGCAGGCCAACAAGGAGAACAUGGAGAUGAUGGACACCUGGAAGGCUAAAUUUGACACUUUGGUGAGUGACCACCAGCGAUCCCUGGAGGAGUUGAAGGCCACGUUGACGAGUGACCGCGUCACACCUGAGGGCCAGGAGCAGGACAGCCAGGAGCUGAGAGCCACGCUGGAGAGCCUGAAGAUGGAGCACCAGCUGGAGGUGGAGAAUCUCAAGGCCAAGCACAAGAUCGAAGCCGCCAUCCUGACCAAGGAGCACGAGGACCUCUGCAUCCGCCUCCAGGAGGCCAGAGACCAACUGGCCGAGGGCAACCACACCUGGAGGACUGAGGUGGAGGCCCAGAGUGGGAAGCAGGCCCUGGAGGAGGCGGCGGAGAAGCUCCAGAAGGCGGAGCAGAGGCUGGCGGAGAUGGAGAAACUGCAGGUGGAGCGGGAUCGCAGCGCGCAGCACCUGAGGGAGAGACUGGAGCUGUCGGAGAAGAAGAUGACGGAUUACCAGGCUGUGCAGAGCGCGCACACAGAGAGUCAGGAGGAGAUCCAGAAACUGGAGGAGAAGCUGAGGGUGACGGCGAACCAGCUCCAGGCCAUCCAGGCCGACCGCUACACUUCCCAUGAUGCAAACGUCAUAGAAGACAACGAAAUUUCAGAGGAGAAGAUGAAGCUGAAACAAAAUAUCGAAGAAACGAUGGAGAAGUUGUUGAAAAGGGAAAAAGAAGUCUCGACGCUCACCUCGCAGGUGGAAGCCCUCAAAUCACAGAUGGGAGCUCUGGAGAGCAAAGUUCGAGCCGGGGAGAAGAAAGCUGACAUCCUGUCCAGGGAGAAGAUGCGCGUGGAGGCAGAGCUGGAGACCAUGACCAGGAAGUCCCAUGAUGCAUCCGGGCAGCUGGUGAGCAUCAGCCAGGACCUGCUGAAGAAAGAGAGGAGCCUGAAUGAACUGAGAGUGUUGCUCCUGGAGUCGCAUCGUCAUUCUCGGGACAUGGAGAAGGAUCUGAACCGGGAAGUGCGCAAGGCCGAGUGGAAGGUGAAGGAGCAGAAACUCCAGGACGACAUCAAGACGCUGCGGGAAAAACUCCUCCUACUGGUAAAGGGUCAGGAACGAGCAUCACCUGACCACCGGCGUCACUCCAUGCUGGAUCCGUCAGUGCCGGACUCGGAAGCGAACCGCCUGCGCCAGCGGCUGCUCAGCACCGAGGAGGCCCUGAGGAACGCGCUGGAACACAACCAGCAGGUGGACCAGCUGGUGCAGGCCAUGCGUCGGCAUCCGGAGAAAAGCCCGGCACACGGCGCAAAUUCAGCAAAUGGGAUUCAUCAUCAGGAGUCGGGCAACACUCGAGAUGAACAACACUGAUAUGAGACGUAAGCAGAAACACUCCCGCGACGGACACCGGAGCGAUUUUUUCCGUUUACACUUCAAACCAAAACAGCCAAAUCUCCGCUGAAUUUUUACGUGUUGUCGCAGAAAAGCACCUAUUAGCCAAUCACAAAGUUCUAUAAAAAAAAUAAAAUUUAACCCGCAAAGUGGGACAUGGACUUGGAAGAGAAGAGAAGACGAAAUAUCGGUACAACUGCUGAGAACUCGCAGUGCGACGCCGACAACUUUGACGAAGUAAUGUUUAAAAAAAAUAAGAAUAAUAAAAAAAAACACGGAACAUUUUGACAAUUGAGAAACUUCGGAGAAAGAAGGAAGUGAAGAAGCGAGUCUCAGUCGCUUUGUUUAUUUAUUUAUUACAUUCAUUUUCUUUUCUCUCUCUCCUCCGCUUUGUAAUAAUCACAUGUACUGUAGGUGAGCUGUCUCAGCUCCUCGAGGACGAUGACGACGUCACGCGUCACCUGACCUGGAGGCGGGGUUUUUCAGAAUCAUCACAGUUGCAGUGUUUACAAACCAUGUUUACGAUAAUUAUGUGGAAGGUCCGGUGUGUAAGAAUUAGUGACAUCUAAUGGUGAAACGGCAGAUUGCCUCACCCUUUACAUGCCAGAACGGAUGUCACUCCGCCUCCUUUUGUUCGUUUAUGCAUCGGGAUUAUGUGGGCGGAGCUGUUCUUCGUUUGUAUCAAAAUGGCGGCCCCUAUAAAGCAAGGAUGAAACUCCAAUUCUAAUGCCACGAAAACCAAUCAAUUUUUAUUUUUAAUUUAAAGCAAUUAUCAAUUUCUGUCAAUUAAUACUCAUAAAUGUUUCACUCUGGACCUUUUAAAGUAUCAUCAGCAUCAGGUUAGGGAAGUUUGUGUUGACUGGGAUGCACAAUUGGAGGUGUUUGUAAAGGAAAAUAAAUAGAUAAAUAUACAUUUUCAAUGGGGUGGAAAGGUCAGUCAGUCAGUCAUCAUCUACCGCUUUAUCCUCUGCUAGAGGGUCGCGGGGGGUGCUGUGCCAAUCUCAGCUACAUCGGGCGAUAGGCGGGUACACCCUGGACAGUUCGCCAGUCCAUCGCAGGGUGGAAAGGUUUUAGUGUAAAAUCACCUGAUUGUGUGAAUUCUUGUUUUUCAAUACCCCAGAAUGAGCAAAGCUAACGUUUAGCAGAGCUAACAACACUGACAGAAGGCGGAAUGUAAAUGUGUAGCUCCAAACACUGUUAGCAUCGCCUUUAAGAACUAAGGAACACUGAAUCAUCUCAAGCUAACAUUUAGCAAAGCUAACGCUAAUUCUGUUGCUAACAGCUGCAGCAUUCUUUGUGCAAUGUUCUGGGUCAAAUGUAAACAAAUAGCCGCUAACUCAUUGGUAUCACUAUUAAACAAUAUAUAUGAAAUUAGGAAGAACUUUUCUUUCUUUUUUUGUAUUGUAAAUUUAUAUCAGGAGACGGCCAUUUUGGACCACUAUGUUUUUACAGUAGACCACAGUGGACAAAACUAAACAUCUUCGAGUUUUGAUGCUAACUGAAGGCUAUGUACACUCGGGAGGGAAGAGUGAGGUGAGGGGACGUACAUAUUAAAUGUCACAAAAUCUUACACACGGCACCUUUAAAGCUGCUCACCAUACUGUAUUCCAUAGGUACACUUGAGUUUUCAGUUAAAGGACGGAUUGUGAGGACACCAAUAUCUGCUGGAUUCACUCGUUCAUUGUCAUUCAUGUGAAAGAGUGAAUAUUAUGACUUUUCUCAUCCACUAAAAAAACAAAAAAACAUGUACAACUUCGACCUGUUACGAUUCUUCUCCUACACUGUCCAUAACGAUGAGCUAUUUUUAUUUCCUGUGGACCAUGUACUGUAUAUCAACACAUCCAUGCAUUAGUAUUAAAAUAAGUGUAUUAUAUUUGAUGCCUACGUUCCAUUGAAUGACAACGUCCCGGAACUACUGAGUCGACAAAAGGGCUGUCCGUCACCUGAGCUAAAAACCCAAACAAUCCGUUCCUGCUGUUCCCAACCCGGGGUUUGGAAAAAUCACAACGUUAUCAGCGUAUAUAGAGAAUUUUUACUGCAAGUCUUCCAAAUAUUGCUUUAUCCAUUUGUUGACUGAACAUGGAGCUGGUGCUUGUAGCUGGUCAGAGGUUGUUAUUGCAGCGCGGGAGACUUUACACAGUGAAAUCCACAGGGCAGGAGCUGGACAGCUCAGAUAAAACCGGAGUUUUUAUUUAUUUAAUUUUUUUCCAUUGGUUAUUCUACAUGGCCUUCUCAGCUCCAGGGUUCGUACCCUUUUGGAUUAUUGCUGCAAUGGUUUCGGAGAUUGAGUCAUUAAAUAUUAACAAUGUGGGCAAGCA